GCCUUUACGCUAAUUCGUUGAAUAGCAUAGAAAUAAUCGAGUAAAACUUGAGUUUUUUUGAAAAAUCAUGAAUCGUGCUAAGGAAAACAUUGAAAAUCCAGGAUAUGUUCGCUCUGAUAAUAAGGAGAAUAAAGAUGAUGAUGCAUCGAUUGCACUGAAAAGAUGUGUAACAUCCAGUGAUCCUGAAAAGAACAUCCUGGUUGACAAGCAAUUGACACAAAAUGACAAAAAUAAGGCUCACAACGAUAAAGAAUCAGAUCAGAAGCAAGCAGAGCUUGACAAUCCUGAUUCCAAAAAUGUUAAGACUGCUAAUGAAGUAACAGACAAAAAGAAGCGUAAGAAUAAGCAAAAAGCUGCUAAACGUAAUGCUCGAAAGAAGAAUAAGAAGGCAGCACUAGCUGCAGCCCAAAAGGUUGCUGAAAAUAAUCCAGAACCUGAUCAAACUGCUGGUGUAUUUGAGUUUGGCAAUGAAGACAAUCAAGGAACAUCAGGAAUGCAGCAACUACCACGUAAUUUUGACUGGGAUAUGCCAACAAACAUGAACAACUUGACCGAUGUGGAAAUUGAACUUGGACUUUUAAUUGCUGAAUUUCUUGUAUUUUUGGAACGAUAGGGGAAUUCAGAUAAAGACACAGAUCUAUUCCAUUUAUCUUUUAAAGCAUGUGAUAUUCAGUUCCUUAAUUAACACUUUUUUGAAUCAGCGUUGAGCUUACUUUAAAGAAUAACUUAAUUAGUCUAUUUAUGAAAAAUAUUUUGUUACAUCUAUUAUACAAUCAGUAAGUUUGAUAUGAAUAAAAUGCAGAAGAAUGCAUACUUAAGCUA